AUGAUCCAAUGCACGGCGGACCUGUCCCACGGGGAGCACCCGAAAGGACAAGUCGGUGAAGUAUGGCCCAUAAAUGAAACCAUAUCCUUCGGCAACACGACUGGUAAAACAAAAGAAGAAUAUAGAAAGUUGUAUAACUGCGACGAAAGCCCGCAUGGACGAAUCAUCGGCGGGAUGAACGCCCGCUCCGGCGAUGCCCCGUUCAUCGUGUCUCUGCGCAAUCUGGCUCACGAGCGUCGGUACGGAUUUGGAUCCGGACUGUUCUGCGGUGGGUCGUUGAUUAGCGCCCAGCUUGUGCUUACCGCAGCGCACUGCUUAAGUACCUCGGCGUCCAACAUCGGCCUGGUGGCCGGCGUGUUGAACCGUUACGAUCGCUACGCCCCGAUGCAGAUGCGUCGGGGUUUCCGCUACCUUCUCCAUCCACACUUUGACCCAAAACCUCUGCACGCCGACAUUGGCCUAGUGGCCGCCAGUAGUCCAUUCGACUUGGAGAGCAGCCCGAGAUAUGUGCACCCGAUCCCACUUCCGGCCCGGUCCCCCGGCGAAGGGUGGCACCAGUGUACCAUCUUCGGCUGGGGUCGCACGCGGGAGGGAAAAAAACGUUCCAUUCCGGUGUGUCUGCAGCGGGCGGACGUGGCCAUACUGGACCUGGCGCAGUGUAAUCGCUCCGUUAGUGAGGUCAAAAACGUACCGGACGGUGCGUUCUGUGCCGGCAGCUUCCUGGGUGGUAUCGACUCGUGCAAGGGGGACUCCGGAGGUCCGCUCGUUUGUAACGGUACGCUUUAUGGAAUCGUUAGCUUCGGCUGGGGCUGCGGGCGGCCCGGGCUGCCCGGUGUGUACACGGAUGUGUUCCGAUUCCGGCCAUGGAUUGAAGCGUCCAUCGAUUCCGACACGCGAACGUGGAGUUCGCUCGCUGCCCGCGUCAUUAACCGUGAGCUUCGCUGGGGAACUGUGACUUGUGUCGUCGUUGGGUUUAUGGCGUCUCUUUAUGUUUAA